UCACCUCAACGAUAACAUUUAGAGUUGGGUUAGAAUAAUCUGAUCCUAGAUCUGAUGUUAGAGAGCCUCUACCUUGAGCCAUGCAACAACGACACUUGACGCUACCCUACCGCGGACGCGCUCGAGCCAACACCACGCGACAAGAGUAGAUACAAGAUGGCGACCAUUUUAGUAUCAGAGGAAUAAGUGCCGUGAAGGAUAGAAAAAGCCAUGCCGUGGGACCGCCCCGUUUCUGAGCUCGCCAUGGUGAUCUGAAGCCCCAGUGUGGACGUGUCACACCCACACUCACCUACCCACAGACACGCACACGGACUGAGCCACCUAGCAAGUGUGUGCGAUGGACAGGUGUAAGCACGUGGGGAGGCUCAGGCUGGCCCCAGACCACUCCAUCCUCAACCCCCAGAAGUGGCACUGCGUGGACUGCAACACCACAGAGUCAGUGUGGGCCUGCCUGGGCUGCGCCCACGUUGCGUGCGGCCGCUACAUCGAGGAGCACGCCCUGCAGCACUUUCUGCAGCAUCGCCACCCGCUGGCCAUGGAGGUCAACGAGCUCUAUGUCUUCUGCUACCUGUGUGAUGACUAUGUGCUCAACGACAACGCGACGGGAGACCUAAAGCUGCUGCGCUCCACGCUCAGCGCCAUCCAGAGCCAGCGCUACGAGGUCACCACGCGCUCAGGACGCACCUUGAGAUCGGCUAGCGCCCCGCCCGAUGCCCCCCAGCCCUGCGGCUCCAGUGAACUGCAGCUGAGGGAUGAGGAUCGCAUGUUCACGGCGCUCUGGCACCGCCGCCGGGCACUGAUGGGUCGAGUGUUCCACACCUGGUUCAGCAUGACGGAAGGGGGGAAGAGGAGGGAAGAGGAGGAGAGGCAGAGAGAGGAGGAGGAGGAGAGGCGGAAGGAGUUGAGGGAGAGGAGGAAGACGUUGAAGAGGCAGCUACAGGAAGCGUUGGAGAGCGCCCCACCAAGGAAGAGCCACCGCCUGAGGAGAGCCAGUCAGAGAGCUGCUGCCGCCGCCGCUGUCACCCCCCGCCCCACACGAACACGUACCCCCAGCACCACUUACACACCCCAGACUCCCCUCACCCCCCGACCAAGAACCCAGAGCCCCGCCACUCACACCCCCAAGAGAAUGGGCCGCCCCCCUAAAACCCCCGCGCCCAAACCCACUCGCUACUCAACCCCCUCUUCCUCCACCAAAGGCAAACCCAGAGCCUCCUCUGUCCAAGCCCUGACUGCCCCCUCCUCAGCCCCCCGCCGUGCCCCCUCCAAACAGGGCGACUCGCCCCUCAAACGGCGGCCCACUGUCACUCCGGGUGUCACGGGCCUGCGUAACCUAGGCAACACAUGCUACAUGAACUCCAUCCUGCAGGUGCUGAGCCACCUUCACAUCUUCAGGGAGUGUUUCCUCCGGYUGGAGCUGCUGGCCGUCCACGGCCAGCUGUUGGUUCCCAGCCCCGGGGGCCCAGUGUCGUCCUCCCCACUGGCCCAGAGGAGAGGCCCCCAGGUGGGCGUUGGGCUAAGUGGGGGGGCCUCCAGAGCCCGGAGUAUGGAGCUGAUUCAGCCCAAGGAGCCCAGCUCCAAGCACAUCUCCCUGUGCCAUGAGCUGCACACACUCUUCCAGGUGAUGUGGUCGGGCAAGUGGGCGUUGGUGUCGCCCUUCGCAAUGCUGCACUCGGUGUGGCAGCUGAUCCCAGCCUUCCGGGGCUACGCCCAGCAGGAUGCCCAGGAGUUCCUGUGUGAGCUGCUUGACAAGGUGCAGCACGAGCUGGAGAGCACAGGGACUCACACGCCACCCGCUGGUGUGUCAACCGGACAGAGACAUCUCAUCAAGCAGGUGCUCAGCGUAGUCAACACCAUCUUCCAUGGUCAGCUCCUCAGCCAGGUGACGUGUCUUGCAUGUGACCACCGCUCCAACACGGUGGAACCCUUCUGGGACCUAUCGCUGGAGUUCCCUGAGCGUUACCACAGCAACAGCCGGGAGAGCGCAGCGCAGGUCUCGUGCCAGCUGACGGAGAUGCUGGCCAAGUUCACGGAGACCGAAGCCCUGGAGGGAAACAUCUACGCCUGCGACCAGUGCAACAGUAAGCGGCGGAGGUUCUCCUCCAAGCCUGUCAUCCUGACUGAAGCUCAGAAACAGCUGAUGGUUCACAAACUGCCUCAGGUCCUGCGCCUGCACCUCAAACGCUUCAGGUGGUCUGGGAGAAACCACAGGGAGAAGAUUGGGGUCCACGUCAGCUUUGACCAGCUCCUCAACAUGGAGCCAUACUGCUGCAGAGACCCCUCCCCCAAGGGCUCGCCAUGCUCCAGUCCUGCCCCCGCCGGCUCCCCAAGCCCCAAACACUUCCUGUACGAACUGUCCGCUGUGGUGAUGCAUCAUGGGAAGGGCUUCGGCUCUGGCCACUACACUGCCUACUGCUACAACAAAGAAGGAAGGUUCUGGGUCCACUGUAAUGACUCUAAGCUGAACGUGUGUUCUGUGGAGGAGGUGUGUCGCGCCCAGGCCUACAUACUCUUCUACACGCAGCGCUUCACUCAGGACAAAGACAGGCCGCUAUAGGACCAGGACCCACUGAGCCCCGCCCCAAAUCCUCCUCCUUUGUACCUCAGCAGUCCAGUGACAUGUCAUCAUCAGCAUUACCACCACCACCAAAACAUCUCAACCCCUCCUCUCUCACACUCUUUCUUUGUGGGCAUUUUAUCUCCUCUGGGGGGAGGAAUGAUUCAUUGUAUCAUUAUUUUUCUAAGAGAGACAAAGGACACAAACUCCUUUUUUUUGUCUUUGUGAAUUUCUUGUACAGGUUGUUUAUAUGGGUUUUAAAAGAAAAGGAAAUCGUGUUUGAUAGUGUAUAGGUUUAUUUUAUCAAGAGUAUCAGCCAAGUUGUGCGUUGUAUUAUAGACACGCCUUUACAGGAGUAGACAGACUUUGGCCAGGUGUGACUGUGUAAUCUGUAGUUCAGAUUUAUUCAGGUGUCAACCUUUCUGCUCUUCUGUGCUGUUUUUAUUUUUCUUAAAYGAUUUGAAUCAACUAAAAUGUUUCUCACAGCCACUUUAGACAGUUGACUAAGGGAUGUCAAAUUCUCAACUGGAAUGUAGAUAAUGUAGGUAAUUCCCUCCAUAAAUAGUCUUUAGAGUUUAACGCCUUUUUAGUUUUGCCAGAGACGGAAGGGGAAGCGAGACACCUCACUCACUUCCAUUUUCUGGUUCAUAUACAGUCAAUGAACUAAGCAGGCCAGACCCAGCUGCUAAUGCAUUGGUGCCUAUGGGAGAGCCACCACUUAAGUGGACCGGAACAGUGACAUUUAAAAAAAGAAAAGGUAAACAGCCUGAGUGGGACAUCUUCAUUUAUCCACCAUCUUUGGUAUUGCUCUCUAGUAAGUCUGGUCGGUCAGGAAAUUGUUCAUAAUUAACUACUGACCUCACGCCAAAGCACGAGGGAAACGUUUAAAAAUUCUCAGCUUCUCCAAAAACAAUUACAGAACAUUUGCAAGAUAUAUUCUUUGACUGGUUUUGGGAAAUCUAUUUUAUAACCAGUUUCCAAAGGGAUGUUUGUUUUUAGCUGAAUGCUGCCCUCUGUCUUCAGAAUGUAGAUGUCUUUCGUGGUGCUGGUGCUUUUAGGCUUGUUGCCUCCUAACUUUUGGUUGGUAUCCCUACAGUAGAUGCGGCUACCGCAGAAACAAGUGUCAUAGAAAAGUGCCCUUCGUUAUCAGAACAUAUCUAUUUUUGUAGUUCCCUUGCCAGAAGUGUAUUUGGUAUCAGUUCUUUGUAGCAGAGACUGUAAAAUGCAGUCCCACCCAGGCCAGCAUUUAGAAUAUUGAAUGUAUUUUUGUAUACUYGACAUUGAGGAUUUUUCACAAAAGUUGUUUUAAAAAAAAAAACAGGGCCACUGACUGUUAUAGUUUUGUAAUUGAUUCCUUCCCCCUCUAGUUGUUUGGAAUCACGAGCAGGUCUGACCUGUCUCGUGUGUGUGUGUAUACCAGCAUAUGUGUUCACACAAUAUAGUUGGCUCUGUAUAAUGUAAGUAUAAAAUAGCCAGACUAAUGCAAGUAGAUCCUUUGUGUGUUCAAAACUGUAUGCGUGUGAGAAAGAUAUCUCCAUGCUGGUACUAGCUCAACCUAAAUGCUGUUCAUCUCUCUAGAUUCACCUUUUGGGGAGAAUUCAAAGCACAUUUCCACUUCAUCCUUUUUUCUGUCCGAUAUGUUUGUCUGCAUUGUGCUCAUACUGCCUCGGGUGUGUGUACAUUUAUGGAAGUGAUACUAUGCAAAUUCUUACCUCAAUUUUUAGAGAAUUACCUCAAAUGAGAAUAUAUUUCCAUUUUUCUAAGAAAACACGUGUACUUUUUUUUUUUUAAAUCCACACUUAAUUCAGUUAAGGUUCAUACCA